AUGCCGUCCGACAAGAUCGACAAGAAGCGCAAGCGCGCCACGGACCGCCACGAGCGCCCGAGCAAGAAGACCGCGCUGCAAUCACUUCCCCCGCUGGCAGCUAGCCUUGUCGAGGACAAGAGCGAGCUUGCUCCUGUGAUUGCUACCACCCCCGGCGUCCAGAGCUCCAAGUCCCUCCGCUGGACACCAUAUCUCAAGGCCCGCGAUAAUGUCACCAAGUCUGCCACUCGCAACCCGGGCAUCGUCUCGUCUGAGAUCUUGUUGCAGUCUUCCGAGCACGAGAAGAUGGAUUUUACCGGCCGCGAGGGAACUGGCGAGGAUGCGGAUUCACAAUUGAAGCACUAUGUCGCCGUCGUGGAUCCUGAGCGCAAGACAUGGCAGAUCGUAGAGGCUCGUCGGGUUACUCUCCGCGGUGCUGUCCGCAGCAGGAAGCCUGAGGAUGAUGAGUCUGAUGAGGAAUUGAACACCAUGCGCGCUCAGCGUACCGCUCUCACCAACACAUUCGGUACCAAGCAGUCCCGAAAGGCUGUGCAGUCUAUGCAAGAAAACGCUCAGCUGUCGAACGCUCCCGCCGGAACCGUCACCGAGGCGGGCGCAGCCCUCAUCUCCUCAUUGCCGGCCGGUGUCGCCUCCGGUGUGGCCAAAGCCACCGACGUGCAGGCCGAAGUGCAAGCCGCGAAGCCCCUGCCCCAACCCGACCUCACAGCCGCUCAUCCCGCUGAUGUAUACCCUCUCGAGACCCUGGUUCCCGGUGGUGUCGCUACUCUGCGUCAAUUGAACGGUGUAGACGAGUGGAAGCAGCAAGUGGACGCCGGUCUGGAAGUGACGACCGGUUCGCGCUUCGUCGCCAAUCGCGUCGUGGCCGUCGCAAACGCCGACAACGCCACGCAGCUACAACUCCUCCGCUUGAUCCAAAUGCUGCUCGAGUUCGACCACUCCCUGAAGAGAUUGGGCGGCGGCAAGGGUGCCGGUCCCGGUAGCAAGCGUCUCCCAGCGCGCAAUGAUCUCCGCCGUAUUCUCUCCAGCACAACAGGCACCACAUCCAAGGACCAGGACUCCGAGUCAACUGAGAACGAUCUCCCCGACGCCGUCAUCGAUGCCGUGCGUCGCCGCUUCGCUCCUAGUGGAGGCUGGCUCUCCAAGCACGACUUGACCCUCCUUCACACCACCAUCUGCGCUCUCUCCCUGCACAUCCCACCCCAGCCAGCUAAGGACGGCGGGUCCAGCUCCUUGGGUGGUAACGCGCCCAACGAGCUGGCUACCGAUCCCUCCGAUCUGCGUGAUGAUCUUCGUCUUGACGCGAAUACUGUGCAGCAGUACUUCCGCGAGCUGGGAUGUCGCAUUGAUAAGCCCCGCGAGACGGAGUUCAAGAAGUGGAACAUCAAAGGUGGUAAGGCUGAGGCUCAGGCACGCCGCAUUGCUCGUCUGCGUAUCCCUGUUGAGUUCCCUAAAGUUAGCCGUGGUGGUAGGAAAUAG